AUGAACUCUUUUCCGCCACGAACUGCUACGCUUUUGUACGAACUGGACAAAAAGCUCAUGGUUCUUUUACGUGAUGGCAGAACGCUUAUUGGAUACUUACGAAGUGUUGAUCAAUAUGCCAAUUUGUUGCUUCAGCAAACAGUUGAGCGCAUACAUGUGGGUAAGAAAUUUGGUGAUAUACCCAGAGGUGUGUUUUUGGUGAGAGGAGAAAAUGUCGUUUUACUCGGAGAAAUAGACGCACUAAAAGAGGCCGAUCAGAUGUUUGAAAGAGUGUCGAUAGGAGACAUUUUAGCGUUACAAAAACAAGAGCAAGAUGCCAAGAUUGAAAAGGCUAAAUCUAUUGAACGGUCUUUGAAAAGAAGAGGUAUGCGAUUUCCUCCUGACCUUGUUCAAGAUGAUUUCCUUUGA